AUGCUUUGGAUUGUCAGGGCUUUUGUCCUCUUUGUGUAAGGACAGAAUGGUGUAACUUUCAAAAUUAUCUGAUUUCCUAGCUUGUAUUUAAAGCAUUUGAGUCCUUAAAUGUAGUUUCCCUACUAAUCUGCACACUUCUGGCCCUGUUGCACUCCCUUCUAGAGGUUUUCUGGGCAUUAGAAGUUGAGAAGGUACCUGUGACUUUUCCAUGAUGACAACUAUGCUCUCUUUAUUAGUUUAACAGUGUAUCAGGGAGUAUUUUUUGAAAACUCCCACCCUUACUCCAAGAUGGUUAGCUUUGGAAGUACAAAUUAAUGUCUCUUUCCUGUCCUGUUUAUGGAUGGGAAAAAUAAACUGACCAAAAGAAUCAUAGAAUUCAGCAUUUAGAACAUUUAGAACAUCUUGAGAAUGGAAAUUGGUAGUGAUUCUGGUGACUCCUAUAAGUAACACAAAUAACAAACUCCUAAUGCAUCACACACUGCCCUUUUAUUUCCCCAUUAAGUUACGUACUUUUCAGUAUUCUUGGAGAUCUUCUGAUAUAUUAAUGAGAGAGCCUCAGACUGGUCCUAGGGUCUUUAAAACCUCCGUUUUGAAUAAGAACAUCAGCAAGGAGCAAGCGGCAGCUAAUGUUUGAAGUUAAAUCCUGAUCACAGAAAUCAGAAAGAUUUUCUAUGCUGAGACUAGCCCCAGAGAAUAGAUGGUAUAUUUUUUCAAGUGUGAUUUUUUAAAAAACAAUAAGGAAUUACCUUAUAAGGGAAAAAAAAAACUUCAGAAAAUUGAUUUUGUGAAUUUGGUUGAGGUAGGAUAUUUUUCUGCUGGCCUGGCUGGCUAUGAAGCAUGUACCAGGUUGGCAGCUGCAACUUAGCUUCUAGACCCACCCAUGCUGUGAAAGCACCUGAAUGAAGAUGUGGCAGGUGGAGAAAGCACUUUGGAACUCCUGAGUGACAGCCAGAAACCAGAAUGUUAAUUUGGCAAGUGUGCUACUGGGUGCUGAGUCUUGGGCCUACACAGUCUUCAAUAUAACAGGAAUACGGUGUACUUUGCAUUCAGGAAUACAGAAAAAACAGCAAAGUGGAGUCAAGUACACGUAACAGCUUCAUGGGCUUGAAGGAUCACCUGGGGCAUGACCUCGGCCACCUGUAUGUGGAGAACACUGACCCACAGUUAAGUGCAGCUGUACCUUGGCCAAUGGUAGAAAAAUCAACAAUGGAUACAGUUAAUGCCGGGAAGGAGGAAAAAGAGGUGUCUGAAGAGAAUGUGAGCUCUGGUGACUCUGAAGAAAGCACAAAUUCUGAUCAUGAGUCAGAACAAUUGAAUAGCAUUUCAGUAGAGCCAUGCUUGUUAACCAAGACUCACAGACAAUUAUGUAGGUCUCCCUGCUUAGAGCCUCACCUACUCAAACACAAUGAAAUUUUGCAAGACUUUAAACCUGAAGAGUCCCAGACUCCGUCCAAGGAAAUGAAGAAACCCCCUGAUGUGAUGCGAGAAUACCAAACAAAACUGGAGUUUGCACUUAAGUUGGGUUAUUCUGAAGAACAGGUUCAGCUUGUGUUAAACAAACUUGGUACUGAUGCUUUAAUCAAUGAUAUUUUGGGAGAACUUGUCAAACUGGGAAAUAAAAGUGAGGCUGAUCAAACAGUUAGUACAAUUAACACUAUAAUGCGGGAAACUUCUUCCCUGGAAUCUCAGAGGUCUGAAUCGCCAAUGCAAGAGAUUGUAACAGAUGAUGGUGAAAAUCUAAGACCAGUUGUUAUUGAUGGCAGCAAUGUGGCAAUGAGCCAUGGAAACAAAGAAGUAUUUUCCUGCCGAGGAAUAAAAUUGGCAGUGGAUUGGUUUUUGGAAAGAGGCCAUAAAGAUAUUACAGUUUUUGUUCCUGCUUGGAGAAAAGAGCAAUCCCGACCUGAUGCUCUCAUUACAGAUCAGGAAAUUUUACGCAAAUUGGAAAAGGAAAAAAUCCUGGUGUUCACGCCAUCCCGGCGAGUCCAGGGAAGGCGAGUGGUGUGCUAUGAUGACAGGUUCAUUGUGAAGCUUGCUUUUGAGUCAGAUGGUAUAAUUGUGUCCAAUGAUAACUACAGGGAUUUGGCUAAUGAAAAACCAGAAUGGAAGAAGUUCAUAGAUGAGCGGUUAUUAAUGUAUUCCUUUGUCAAUGACAAGUUUAUGCCCCCUGAUGACCCUCUUGGCAGACAUGGCCCAAGUCUGGAUAAUUUUCUGAGGAAGAAACCUAUUGUUCCUGAACACAAAAAGCAGCCUUGUCCAUAUGGAAAGAAGUGUACCUAUGGACACAAGUGCAAAUAUUACCAUCCCGAAAGGGGCAGUCAGCCUCAGCGGUCAGUGGCUGAUGAACUUCGUGCCAUGUCUAGAAAUACAGCAGCCAAAACUGCAAAUGAAGGAGGACUGGUGAAAAGCAACAGUGUUCCUUGUAGCACAAAGGCUGAUAGCACUUCUGACGUCAAACGAGGUGCUCCAAAGAGGCAAUCAGAUCCAAGCAUAAGGACUCAAGUCUACCAAGACCUAGAAGAAAAGCUUCCCACCAAAAACAAAUUGGAAACCAGGUCUGUACCUUCCUUAGUUAGUAUACCGGCUACUUCUACUGCAAAACCCCAAAGCACUACAUCUUUAAGCAAUGGCCUUCCAUCUGGAGUUCAUUUCCCACCUCAGGAUCAAAGACCACAGGGACAAUAUCCUCCAAUGAUGAUGGCAACCAAAAAUCAUGGAACGCCAAUGCCUUAUGAACAGUAUCCAAAAUGUGACUCACCUGUUGACAUUGGAUAUUAUUCCAUGUUAAAUGCAUAUUCAAAUCUGAGUAUCUCAGGCCCAAGAAGUCCUGAAAGGCGUUUCUCAUUAGACACAGACUAUAGAAUAAGUUCUGUAGCUUCUGACUGCAGCAGUGAAGGGAGCAUGAGCUGCGGGAGUAGUGACUCGUAUGUGGGGUACAAUGACCGAUCCUAUGUCAGUUCUCCUGACCCCCAGCUGGAAGAGAAUUUGAAGUGUCAACACAUGCACCCUCAUAGCCGCCUUAAUUCCCAGCCUUUCCUGCAGAAUUUCCACGACCCCUUAACCAGAGUGCAAAGUUACAGUCAUGAAGAACCAAAGUUCCAUCACAAGCCUCCUCUUCCACACUUGGCUAUGCAUCUGCAGCACCCUGCUGUGGGUGCCCGGUCUAGCUGUCCUGGUGAUUACCCCUCUCCUCCAAGUUCAGCACACUCGAAGGCACCACACCUAGGAAGGUCCCUAGUGGCUACCAGAAUAGACAGCAUUUCUGAUUCCAGACUCUAUGACAGUUCUCCUUCAAGACAAAGAAAGCCUUACUCCCGUCAGGAAGGGUUGGGAAGCUGGGAUAGGCCAAGUUUCGGAAUGGAUGCCUAUGGGUAUCGGCAGACUUAUUCCUUGCCUGAUAACUCCACACCACCGUGUUAUGAGCAGUUCACCUUCCAGAGCCUACCUGAACAGCAGGAGCCCACCUGGAGAAUACCAUAUUGUGGAAUACCACAAGAUCCUCCAAGGUACCAAGACAACCGGGAAAAGAUUUAUAUCAACUUGUGCAACAUCUUCCCACCUGACCUUGUGAGAAUUGUCAUGAAAAGAAAUCCUCACAUGACAGAUGCCCAGCAGCUUGCUGCAGCCAUUUUAGUGGAGAAAUCACAGCUGGGUUAUUGAAAGAUGAUGCAUCAUUGUGGUGUUUAGUAGUUUUUUGUUCAGCUCAAAUGCUGAGGGAGGUUUGCUACAAUAGCACAUGUGAUCUCCUUCUCAGCAAGGAGGUUAUAUAGUAUCCAUUUAUGUGAAAUACUGUAUCAUGGAAUCUGUAUGUAUAGCCCCACUUGGUGGAAGUAUCACGGGAUUGCUUUACAUUCAAACUUUUUUUUAAACAUUUCCUUUUUAAAGCUAUAUCCUUGGCUGGAAAAUUUUCCAGUUUGAUUUAAUAGAUGUAUCUGUGAUCUUUGAUAUUAAUCUUUGGUGCAUCAGGGGUUUAUAUGCAGCACUUUUUAUCUUUGUUUCAUGUUUUAUUAACUUGGUGUUUAUCUAUCAAUCGCAAGCAAUUAUAAUACCUUCAGAAUGUGGAAACUUUGACUAGACCUAGCAAACUAUUUUUUCAAGCCAAGCUUAAUUAGAAUCUUUUACAGCUUUUUAAGUUAUUUUUAUUUGGGGAAAGUGGGCUUCUUUGUGCUAUAAUCAUUAUUUAUAGAAACAAAGAUAUACUACAGCACUGACUUUAUAUUUUAGACAAAAUGUAAGUUACCGGUUUAUGUUGAAAAGGGUAACAGUAUAUAUUAGAAUGAUUUCAAAUAUGGCACUUUUCACUGUUGUAUUUUUGUUUGGAUUUUUUCUGUUAAGAAUUAGUUAACUUAAUAUGGUCAGUUUAAGAGAAAGCAGAUGCAAUCAAUGGAAAAAAUCAUUUCCAUUUUUUAAUUUUUAUUUUUUUAUGAAUAAGGCAAAAGCCGUAACUGUUACAGGUUAGAGCUUUGUUAUCCAGCUAUGAUGUGCUUCUAGACAGUAGGAAUGGAAUUGAAUUCCUCGAUUUCCAUUAACCCGUAUUUUUAAUGUCUAUUUGUUUGGGGGGCACAACAAUACUGGAUAAAUAACCCUUUCACAGUACUUGCCUGUUUUUAAUGAAUCUAAUUAUUCUCAAUGCAACUUUUAUAUUUAAUAUACUCUAGCUUUCCUGCUAUUUAUCAAGGCUGGCCUGAGGUGGUUUUAUGUGUUGAGGAUAUGCAACAUUUAUUGAUACUGCACUAUAGAAGUGGUGAUGGAGGAGUGUAAAUGGUAACUUAAAAUUUUUGUAAGAUACUGUAUAUUUUCCAUUUCCUGAAGGUAGUUUUUUUUGGGGGCCUGUUAUAUUAUUAAGGCCAGACUCUUGCCACAAAUAGUGUAGUUUUAGAUACAGACUAAAGUCUGUUCUAGUAUUAGUAAGGGAUAUUUCUGGUUUUAAAGUCAUGGGUUUUGCUUGUUGCAGUUACAUUUCUAUGGACUAGAAGAUAGAUUUUGCAGUCAGCGGCAGUCAGUCGUGUGAUUGACAUAACUUGACUGUUCCCUCCAGAUUCUGGAUUUUACUUAGUGUAGCAGACACAUUCAGAUCUAUUUUUACAGUCUGCCUGGAUGCUCUGGUCAUUUGGAUUAUUCCACAUGCCAUAGUUUGAAGUAAAGCCCUGAAAAACCAGAAAGUACCUUUUACUGUUGAUACAAAUUGUAUCUUUUUAACUAUAAGAACUAUUUUGAUUUGUAGAUCUAGUAAAAAACACAAAUGUGUAACUAUGAUUAGACUUUUGGGCAACAUUUUAUCCCUUAUUUAAAUACAAAUUUUUAAAGUAAAAUUGAGGUCUAGAAUAGGGUAGAAAAUAAAAGUAACAAUUUAGGUAAAUAAAAGUGUCUGUCUUAGUUUUAUAUAAUAUAUUAAAAUAUAUUAAAUAAAUUUAUUGGCAUUUUCUUUCUCCUAAAACUUAUAUAGUCUGAACUUAAAAUAAAGGUAAAAUGCUGCCUGAAAAUAAUGUCCAAGCAUCUUUGACUAGGAUAACAUUUUCACUACUUGUGUGACACUGUGUGUUGCAUGAAGUAGGAUUUGGGUAUACAGUAAAUGCUUCUAAAAGGCAUUGUGCAUUAUUGACAUAUCCAAUAAUCUGAACCAUGUUCAGCAAACUUAAUUCAGGAAAGUGAUGUUCUACACAAUUAUUGCUGUUGUGUUUGAAGUGAGUGUGGCAUGCAUCUGUACCCAAAAGUAAUGCAGGUGACGCCACACAGACCAUUUUGAGUGGUGUCUGAGCAACCCGUACUCACUUGUGAAGUUGUUUUCCUUGAUUUUGUCAGUCAUUAUCUACAGAACAAGUUUAAAUACAGAAGCUAAAUGCGUGCCAAAAGUAGGGUUACAGAUGUGUAGUAUGUUUUAUGUUAGUCAUAAUCUAAGAUUAUAUAGUAUAAAAAUCACUUUUAAAUUAUUCUUGUAGGUUUUGCUUCCGUUUUCUUUGUAGCAUUUUAAUUAUUUGAAGAUAGCCAAAUAUUACUAAAUUGUUUUAAAUGAGAUUUUAGGUGAAAUGGAUAUAACUUUUUAAAUUUGACCUUUUAAUAUUUUUAGUGGCUAUUUGUCAUGAUUGUUUUGGGAAAAUAAUGUACCCUGCCAUCACUUGUACUGAAGUGAGUAGCCCUGAACUACCCACAAAUCUUCCAGUAUAAUUAGUUGUAAAAAAAUAGCCAUUUUCUCGGGGCUGGAGUUGUGGCUCAGCAGCAGAGCACUUGCCUAGCAUGUAUGAAGCCCUGGGUUCAAUUCUCAGCACCGCAUAUAAAUAAUAAAAAUGAAUAAAGAUUAAAAGGUCCAUCAACAUCUAAAAAAAUAUUUUAAAAAAAGAAAUAGCCAUUUUAUUAUAUCAAAAGGACAAUUUGUUCCUAUUUUUUUUAAACACCAGUGUUGCUUUCAGAGUUUUAAAAUAAGAUAAUUGGCAGACUUUGGGUAUAGCAAACUCUUGUUUAUCUUAAUACCUAAAAGCAGUACAUUGUCAAAUUAAAUCUACAGCUGAUCGAAAACCUUCAUUUAAGCAAAAAACUUUCUCCCUAAUUCAUAAUCCCUAUUUAUCAGACUUGCUAAUAAAUAACUAGAAAGAGGUGUGUGAAUAAGUAGUGAAAUUGCCAAUAAUGGUCAGCUGAAUAGGAAAAAAAAAGAAUUCAGACUGGAAUAUUCUGCCCCUGAAUAAUUGUCAGUUGACUGUACUUUAUACAGUAAUUAGCCAGUCUGUUGUCUCUGUGUCUUAGUCCAGAGGGAAUAGUAUCCAACUGGCCAUAUACUGGCCCUUAGUAUUUCCUCCUUUCUUGCAUGUGAUGCAGACAUUUUUGGUCUCGUUUUUAUGAUCUCUGUAUCCUGAUAGAGUUUGUCAUUGACUUAAACAUUGAAAGAAAUGCUCACCAGUAUAAAAUAUUUAAUUCUGGUGGAAACUUGAAUUUUGUGUUUUUAUGAAAAUGCAUUUAUGAGAAUAUGUAAUAUAACUAAAGAAGAGUGUUUUAUAUAUAUACAUAUACACAUACAUACAUAUUUGUUAUGAAGUAUUAAAAAUGGGGGGGGUCCUUUGAUGGCUAACAUUUCUGUAAUUGAAUGUUUCACUGAGUUGUAGAUGACCAAGUCUAGUGUCUGGAUGACCAAUGAUAGGAUUUAGAACCACUUAAAAGGAAAGCAACUCUUCUCUGGUUUUAUUCCUGAUAUUUUUAAAGAAUUAUUUUGAUAAUUUUAAUAGAUGUGUAAUUUUAAAAUACACAAAAAACUUAAAGUAGUAUUGAUUAUACAAAUGAUUAUUUAACAUGUUUUGUGGAUGUAACUAUAUGUAUAUAGACAGUAAUAUAUUUAUAAAACAAAUCUACUUUAUGUUGUAGUUCUUUAUGGUAAGUGGGAAGAUGCUUCUGUGUGUGUGUGUGUGUGCUUAUGUGUGUGUUUUGGAAAGUCUAAGCCUUUUCAUGCCUGAUUUAAUGGCUUUUAUAUAUUUGGUUUUAUUAUUAUUUCUAUCCAGCUUCCUUAUUCAAGAUAAAUACGAUGUACAAUUUCUGGCCAUUCUGUUGGCACGUGACCCAUCCAUUUUAUUAUUAUCUGUAAUAAUUCAUAGAGUGCCUGAGUGACCUGAAAUAAAACAAUUUUUUUGCUAGA